CGUGGUCCCAGGAUGAGCAUGGCAGGUGUGUUGCUCCUGGGGCUCGCACUGAGCACUGGGGCUGCUGUGGCCAAGUUAGAAGGAAACCACCCCUGCUUAAGGAGCCAGGUGUUCUUCAGAGACACUUGCUAUGAAUUCAUGCCUCUGGGGCAUACUUUCCACGGUGCCCAGGGCUGGUGUGAAGGGCGCGGAGGCCAUCUGGUCUUCAUUCGUGAUGAAGACACCCAGAAGCUCCUGCAGAAGCACAUUACCCAAGACAGAGACUGGUGGAUUGGACUCACAGGAACCUCAGCACCCAAUGAGACUGUGGGAGGCUCUGGGACCUGGCUGGACACUACAAGUGUGAACUACAGCAACUGGCAGGAAGGGCAGGCCACACCUGCCCCAGGGACCUGCGGCUACAUUAGGAGUGGCCCUUCAUCUCAGUGGGCUGCCUUGGAGGAUUGCUCCCAGGCUUUUGCCUUCAUCUGCGAGUUUGGGGUCGGCCGCAGCCUGGCUUGUGAGGGCCACAAUGCCACCAUGCACUGUGGCUCAGGAGAAGUCAUCCAAGUCCAGGAUGCUUUCUAUGGGCGCCAGACACCCUAUUUUUGCACCCAGGACAUCUGGCCUCCCUCAGACCUGGUGAGGGAAUGUGGCUGGGCCAGCAUCAAGGAUGAGGUGGCAGGUCAGUGUCAGGGGCUGCAGGGUCCCCAGGUAGCAGCAGAUGGGACCUACUUUGGAGACCUGAGCCCCACCAGGGGCAGCUACCUGUGGGUGCAGUACCAGUGUCUGGAAGGCCUGCGGCUGGUGGUGCCCAGCGAGAGCUCCACCUUUGACAAUGUCACCAUCUCCCUGGUGUGGCUCCUUUUUCCUUACACUGGAAACUUGUCCUGCGUGCUCAGCAUGGGCGAUGGCCACACCUUUGACCCCUACUACCCUCCCAGUGUGUCCAGCAACGUGACCCACCAGUUCACCUCUCCUGGGGAGUUCACUGUGUUUGCUGAGUGUACAACCAGUGAGUGGCACGUGACCGCACAGACACAAGUGAUGCUUCGAGACAAGAUGGAGGUGCCCCGUGUCACUGGGUGCGCUGACCUCUCUGGAUCUGGAGCCAGCUUUCUCUGUCAGGCAGUUUUUGGAGAACCUCUGUGGAUUCAGGUGGAUCUGGAUGGAGGUGCUGGGGUGACUUACGCGGUGCUUUCGGGUAAUGUAACUCUGGCUGAGUACACCACCCAGAGGGGCUUGAGAUCUUACAAUCUGACUCUGGACAGAGAAACCCAAGAGCUGCUGGGCCCUGGGAGGCACCACCUGAACAUCCGAGUUGUGGGAAACAGCACUGCCUCCGCUCCACCAGUAAACAUCACUGUCCACUUUGUGGAGCUGCUGUCGGGACUGCAGGCUUCCUGGGCUUCGGACCAUGUGGAGCUUGGGUGUGACCUGUUGAUCAAUGUCUCAGUGGCUUGUGGUACCCUCGAGGAGCUGACCUUUGAGAUGGUGGGCCUCAAUGCAAACUUCUCCCAGAAGGAGGAAAGUGGUGGGCAGUCAUCUGGGACCUACCACGUGACGAUUCCUGUUGAAGGCACCUUUCUGGUCACUGUGCGUGUGCGGAACGCUUUCUCAGACUUGAGCUUGGAUGUGGGGAGCAUCACAGUCACAGCCCCUUCCAGACUCCAAGAGCCAUCUGGAAUGAAGGCUGAAGCAAAGAACGAAGACGAAGGGGACUUGAAGGUGUUCACUGAGUCUGAACUGUAUGUGGAUCCUUUCACUGAAGUCAUUCUGGGCUGGCCAGAUGAUGACCCAGACUUGGGCUUCCACUGGUCCUGCGGACGUUGCUGGGCUCAGUGGAGUGACUGUGUGGGGAGGCAACUGCUCCACACAGACCAAAGGUUGCUGGUGCUCCCUCCCUCAUGUCUGCCACCACUCAACUCUGCUGUCACCCUGUACUUGGCUAUCCUACGGGGCCAGGAACUGGAGAGAGAGACAGAACGGUGCCUCUAUGUAUUUUCUCCCCUGGAUCUUCAGCCUCAAAUCAGCUGUGAGAAGAACUGCCAGCCAGUGAAAGCCGACCAAGACGUUCUGCUCACGGUCACUGUGGAAGAUGAAAGCCCAGUGGCUAUGUUCAGUUGGUACUUAGAUGACACCUCGUCAGACAAGGAUGAGCCACUCCCUGAUGCCUGCAGACUCAGAGGAUUUUGGCCACGCUCACUGACCCUCCUUCACAGCAAUUCCUCCAUGCUGUUACUGAACAGCAGCUUCCUGCAGACUUGGGGACCUGUCGUUCGAAUCCGGGUCACAGCACUGACCAGCCACGCCUACGGGGAGGAUGCCUACGUGAUCAGCAUGCUACCUCUACCAGAGGUGCCCGCCUGUGCAGUCAUCCCGGAGGAGGGCACUGUCCUCACGAGCUUUGCUGUCUUCUGCACCACCACCACAGCCCCAGGCCCCCUGGAGUAUUGCUUCUGUCUGCAGUCAGGUUCCUGCCUCCACUGUGGCCUUGAACCAGCACUCCCUAUAAUGUACUUACCAAUUGGGAAAGAAAAGGAUGACUUUGUCUUGACGGUGGUCAUCUCUGUCACCAAUCAGGCAGGGGACAGCCAGCAAACUCAAGUGGCAGUUAAGGUGGGACAUGGUAACACUGGUGUUGACAAUGAGACAUUCCAGGCUAUUGUGUCAGAGAGAAUCACCACAGCUCUACAAGAUGAGCAUGGCAGUGACCAGCUUCUCCUCUUUGCCAAGGCUGUGUCCUCUGAACUUAACCAGGAGGACCAGAGCCCAGGCUCUGGGCGACUUAGAACAGAUAUCAAGUGGAAGGUCAGAGAGCUUGUGCUGAGAUCACUGUCCACGCUCGCCACUGGCCUGGAGAACAUGCAAAGGGUGCAGGGUUUUGCUGAGGCACUGAGAGAGGUGACUCACCGCAGUGAGGAGCUCACCCCUGUGGCCCAGUGGGAGGCCAUCCAGGUCCUGCAACAUGCCACCGAAGCUCUGUUGACAGCCAGUGCCAAGGUUCAUCCUGAGGACCAGAGACGCCAGGAAGCCACCAGAGCCAUGUUUCAGGCUGUGGGGAGUGUGCUGGAAGUUUCUCUCAGUCGUGGAUCAAAAGAGCCUCUGGAGGCCAACAGCAGCCAGGCUCACAUCGUGACCCAGAUACUGCAGAUUGUAGACCAUUUACAGACUACCCUCCUGCUGGGGACAUUGCCAGGGAGCCUUCCAGGCAUCCUGGUCACCCCCUCCAUCUCUGUGUACACAGACAGAAUACAGCCAUGGAGUUGGCAAGGCUCUUCAGUGCACACCACCAGCGCUGACUCUGUGACCUUCACCCUGCCUGCCACCACCUCCCUCUUCCCUUUGGAGGACAGCCAGGAGCCUAUGGACAUAAGGAUGAUGAGUUUCUCACAGAAUCCCUUCCUUUCCCGAAGCCGGUUCGAAGUCAGUGGAACUGUGGGUGGACUCCGUCUGACCAGCUCCAGUGGUCAUCCCAUCCCAGUGAAGAACCUGUCACAGAACAUCGAGAUCCUGCUGCCCCGGAUUUCAGAACACAGCAAGCCAACGAUGCUGAGCCUGGCCACACCAGAAGCUCUGUGGGUGAAUGUGACUGCAGGGGAGGCAGCUCUGGGGAUACAGCUGCACUGGGGACCUGGAGUUGCACUCACACUCAGCCUGGGUUAUGGCUACCAUCCCAAUGAGACCAGCUAUGAUGCCCAAACACACCUGCCUCCUGUGGCUGCCACAGGUGAGCUACCCACAUGGAUCCUGGGCCCGGAGGACCUGCCCUUUGGAGAAGGAAUCUACUAUUUGAGGGUGGUCCCCAAGGAUGACCUGGAGUCUACCUCUGGCCAGAACCUCACAGUUGGCAUUUCUACCUUCCUGUCACAUUGUGUAUUCUGGGAUGAAAGCCAGGAGACCUGGGACAGCACUGGGUGCCAGGUGGGGCCACGAACCACCACCUCCCAGACACACUGCCUUUGCAACCACCUCACCUUCUUUGGAAGCACAUUCCUGGUGAUGCCCAAUGCCAUGGAUGUCCAGCAGACUGCAGAGCUCUUCGCCACCUUCGAGGACAACCCUGUGGUGGUUACCACAGUGGGCUGCCUCUGCAUGGUCUACGUGCUGGUGUUGAUCUGGGCCAGGAGAAAGGACAUACAGGAUCAGGGCAAGGUAAAAGUCAUAGUGCUGGAGGACAAUGAGCCCUUUGCCCAGUAUCACUACCUGGUGACAGUCUACACAGGACACCGACGAGGGGCAGCCACAUCUUCAAAUGUGACUCUCACUUUAUAUGGCUCUGAUAGAGAGAGUGAACCGCACCACCUGUCAGAUCCUGAUGCUGCAGUUUUUGAGCGAGGAGGGGUGGAUGUCUUCCUGCUUUCCACUCUGUUUCCCCUGGGAGAGCUGCAGAGCCUCAGGCUGUGGCAUGACAACUCUGGGGAUCGGCCAUCAUGGUAUGUGAGCCGGGUGCUGGUCUAUGACCCCGUGGCGGACCGGAAAUGGUAUUUCCUAUGCAACUCGUGGCUGUCCAUCGAUGUUGGAGACUGUGUCCUGGACAAGGUGUUUCCCGUGGCCACAGAGCAGGACAGGAAGCAGUUUAG